AUGAGAUCUGGUUUCAUAAAUUGGAAAAAAGCAAUUGAAAAAUUCAAUGAGCAUGUAGGUGGAGUUGAUAGUGCGCACAAUGAGACAAGAAUACAGUUUGAGGGUUUCAAGAAUAAAAGACAAAGUGUGGAGUAUUCAUUUUCAUCGGGGAAACAUGAGCUUGAAGUUGCUUAUCGCAAACGCUUGACUUCCAUUUUAAAAGUAAUUCGAUUUUUGUUGUUACAAGGAUUGCCUUUUCGGGGACAUGAUGAGUCUUCGACAUCAUCCAAUAGAGGAAAUUUUUUAGAAUUACUCAAAUGGUAUAGCUCAGACUGUCCAGAAGUUACGGUAGUUGUUGGAAUGAAUGCACCUGGAAAUAAUCAAAUGAUUGCCCCAAAAAUUCAAAAGCAAUUGGUGAAUGCUUGUGCAGUUGAGAUCACAAAUGCUAUUCUAGCUGAUCUUGGAGAUAGGUGGUUCACUUUACUACUUGAUGAGGCUCGUGACUGUUCAAUGAAAGAGCAAAUGGCAGUUGUUAUUAGAUAUGUGAACAAGCAUGGAGAGGUGAUUGAACGAUUUAUGGCUGUAGUUCAUGUUGCAACAACUACAACUGCUUGUUUGAAGGAGGCAAUCGUCUCUUUAUUUGCUAAGUAUGGUUUGUCAGUGGCGAGAUUGAGGGGUCAAGGAUAUGAGUGCUUUAAAUAUCUAGUGGUUGUAACUGUUGCUCAAACAAAUCAAUAUGUUUGUGAUUUCAUGUGGAUUGUUGGUUCGAUUGUGAACACAUCUGCAUCAUCUUACAAAAGGGCCGACAAACUUCGACAACUUGAACAUGACAGAAAAGUUAAACUUCUUGAAAGAGGAGAGAUUAGUUCUGGUAGAGGACUAAACCAAGAAACUAGUCUAGCUAGACCUGGAGAUACACGAUGGGGGUCUCAUCAUUCAACUUUAUGUUGUAUUGAACAAAUGUGGCCAUCUGUUAUAGAGGUUCUUCAAAAUUUGAUUGAUGAUGGUGAUCAUUCUUCUAAGGGUUUAAGUAGAACUUUGGUUGAAAGAAUAGAGAGGUAUGAAUUUAUGUUUAUUCUACUAUUGAUGAAACGUAUAUUGGCAAUCACAAAUCAUUUGUCAACCGUUCUACAAGAGAAGGAUCAAAAUAUUGUGAAUGCGAUGCAUUUGAUCAAUAAUGUGAAUGCAAAUUGCAAAAGUUGA